GGACAGUGGUGCCAGGCCCGGGCCCGCCGCCUGGCGCAGCUCCUUCCCGGGCCUGAGGGGCGGCUGCCAUGGGCAAGCGGGUGGCGCUGGUGCUCGCCGGCUGUGGCGUCUUCGAUGGCAGCGAGAUUCACGAGGCGUCGGCGGCGCUGGUGCACCUGAGCCGCAGCGGCGCGGAGGUGAAGAUAUUUGCCCCAAAUAUUGAGCAAAGGGAUGUAGUCAAUCACCUAAAAGGAAGUCCAGCAGAAGAGAAGAGAAAUGUGUUAGUUGAAAGUGCCAGGUUGGCAAGGGGAAACAUUCAGGAUUUGGCUGAACUAAAUGCUAGUGAAUUUGAUGCUGUCAUUUUCCCUGGUGGUUUUGGUGUAGCAAAGAAUCUGUGUUCCUGGGCUGUAGAUGGCAAGAACUGUACUGUUAACGAGCACGUGAACUCCACACUCCAGGCCUUCCACAGUGCUAAAAAGCCCAUUGGUUUGUGCUGUAUAUCACCAGUUCUGGCAGCCAAAGUCUUUCCUGGUUGUGAGGUUACAGUUGGUCAGGAUAAAAACGUAGAUGGAAGAAAGGAAAAACCAAAAUCUCUAGAGAUUCCAGAGGAGCACCUUACAUGGAGGUGUUGGAAAAGGUUGCAACUUCAGCUGGCUUCUCUCAAGCUUCUAAAGAUCAGUUAUGGCUGCACUUGGUAUCAUCUUCCAAACUUAGGUAAAGAUUGUUAAAAACUCUUGUAGCUUCUUACAUAUUGUGGCUCCAUAUUUCAGACCUUGUUUUCAAAGGUAUUAGAUCACUUGAUGUGUCUGUAGGGGAUAGGAAAAUCUGAUAGUAGCAGCCUCUUUAACUCCCUUGUCAUCAUCAGCUAAAGAGUCACGUAGAUAUUAUUAUAGUUCUCUCAUUCAAGUUAUGUGUGCAGAAUUUUAUGG